ACCUGUGCCCGGGGUGACCAUGGUGGGACUGGACGGCAGGAAGAAGAAAGGUCCUAAAUACUCCAAUUGUGAUGGUGAGAGGAGAUACCUGGGAGUCCGUGUCAAGAUGCCAGUAAAGGACAUGCUGAGAAGCAUUCGCCUCGCUCAGGGCUGGGACCCUCAAGACAUUCAGGAGAGCAAUGGCAAAAGAUCCAAAGCAGGCAAGAAACGAGUGUAUACUUGUGCAGAACGCCGCAUCAGCAGGAGAAAACCUCCCACAAAAAGCCUGGAGGAGCUGGCAAUAAUUGUGGAGGUGCUGGAGGAGGAUCUCAAGACUGGCAACACCUGCAGUUCCCUGCCCCGGCUUUUCUCUCCCUCUACCCUCCCGCUGUCUCCCGAGUGCUCCCCUGAGCCUGAUAACCGAUGGGGUCCUGAGCCACAUGUGUACAGCUGCUCCCUUGAGAGUGAGCCAGAGAGGCAGAUGUCCAGAACAACAGAGCUAGGUAGUCUCAGCAGCCCUUCUGAUGAAUACAACAACAGCAGCUACUACCACCACCUGCAGUCCAUAUCACCCCAUCAAGGUGCAGGGUACAACAGCGAUGAGUCUGAUGAAAUGAUCCCCAGCCCCCAGUACUACAUGAGCUACUCACCAGGCACAGCGGAGUACCCCCACACCUUCUCCCCACCUCAUUCAGUGUGCGCCAGCCUCCAGCCCUCCAGCUUUGACCUGUACCAGGACAGAAACACAGGAAGAGACGGUGGAAGAGCGGCGACACAGGAGGAGUGGGUGUGUCCGCAGAACCAGAGCUGGAACCUGAACAGCGCGACUUUCUUCUGGACCCAGCUGCAAAGAGAGGAAAGCCAGCUGAGGGACGUCUCGGACUCGGUGCUGCUGGCCACCGAUGCGCACGGCAGGACAGUUCUCCAUAAAGUGGUGUGUCUGGGGAGGAGGGCGCUGGGUUACGCCAUCGCCAAAAGGAUGGCAGCACUCAACAGCCUGGACAUCAAAGACUCACAGGGAAUGACUGCCCUGCAUUUGGCUGCCAAGCAGAACCAGCACCUAAUCGUGGCAGAUCUGAUUCAUCUGGGUGCCAACAUCAAUGAGAGGGACAGAUCAGGAAAGACUUGCCUGCACCUCAGCGCUGAGAAUGGCUACAUUCGGGUUCUGGAGGUUCUGAAACAUAUGAUGAAAGACGGUAUCUAUCUUGAUGUUGAAGCCACUGAUAAGUAUGGAAUGAGUGUCUUCCAGUGCACGUCGCUGGCUUUGACCGCCACAGUGCGCGAGCUGGAAAGGAGCACCUGCCCCAGUGAGAGCAGACUGCACACACUCCGCAAAGAGCAACUGAUGGAGACCCUGGAGUGUCUGCUGCAGAUGAGCAGCUACCUUCAGACCGCGAGUUGUUGUUAUGGGGAGAAUGCUUUUGAUGUGUCAUACAAAAAGGAGUCUGACCAGUUGCAAGAAUUGGUUUCCAAAUCCAACUUAAAAAAAGGGGAGCUUUGCAACGUAGGACUGUGUUUACCUGCCCAGCAAGGCAUAGCCUAUUGGAGACCUGACAGUAAUGUUUCUGAGUUGAUUCAGGCUUGAACUUGUCUUGGAGAAAAACUGCAUGGCUAGAAAACCCUCACUAUAAUUAGUGAGGCAUCUUCGCUCCAAGCACAAAUUGAAGCUUGUUAUGUAAAGCAUCUGACGUUUUGUGUGCAGUGAAAAUGCCUCAUUUGCCAUCAGGGCUGCACGAUUUUAGGAAAAACUGGCAUUGUUUGUGUUCAAUAAUGUUUUUUUACAUUAGAGCACAGACCAGAAGCACGACAGUAACUUUUUCACUUUUAACCAGCACCAGGAUGAGCUGGCGCUGAUAACGGCAAUACACACACUCAAAAAUCGCAUGCUUAACUGAACACCUGCUUCUGGCAUCCAGAUGACUGCAGCCAAGCAUGUUUUCACGCAUGCUUUCAGGCGGGUGACACACAGGCUCUGCAUGCACAGUGAUCAGUUCACUAUGUGCUGAGGUGAAGGGGUGCACUCGAUCAGUUUAUCAAACAACCAAAACAGGCAGCGCUCAUUUUCAGGUUGUGGUCGGUGAUUA